ACCCUGAGAGUGGGGGCUAUCAGUGAAGGCUUGGUGAUAGAACCCAUAGACAAUUCAGCAGUAAGUACGUGAGAGAGACACACACAGAGAGAAACUGUGAUCCCUUUGAAAUUCACUGAGAACUGUGUCUGAAGCGAGAUUUAGAACUUGAAGUGGAUUUCAGUCUGAGAAUCCUGAGGGAGCGGAGGGAGAGAACCAUUCCAUGCCGCAGGAGUGAGGAGGGAACUGAUAGGAAAUGAGCUGGGCUCGGUUUGGAGGGAGUUGCGUCUGACUGUUGAGCUUUUCACUUGGCCCGUGGCAGUGUGUUCCCAGGCUGAGUUGCUGAAGAUGCUGGCGCUGUGCGUCUCUCCUUCUGCCAUCGUCCUCCUCUCCUUUACCUUCUGUCUGCACAGGGUUUGGUGUAAUGAAAUCCUUGGCCUGAAGAUCCCAGUGGAUCCCGUCCUGACCGCAAACACCGUGUGCCUCACCCUCUCGAGCUUGACCCGGCGUCAGUUGGAAGUCUGCAUGAGGAAUCCCGAUGUGACAGCUUCUGCCAUCCAGGGAAUCCAGAUUGCCAUUCACGAGUGCCAGCACCAGUUCCAGGAUCACAGGUGGAACUGCUCCAGCUUGGAGACUAAGAACAAAAUCCCUUAUGACAGUGUAAUCUUCAGCCGAGGUUUUAAGGAGAGCGCGUAUGCUUACGCCAUUGCUGCAGCGGGAGUAGUUCAUGCCGUUUCCAAUGCGUGUAGCCUGGGCAAGCUGAAAGCCUGCAGCUGUGACGACAAACGGAGAGGUGAUGAAGAGGCUUUCCGGCUCAAACUCAACCGGCUCCAGCUGGAGGCACUGAACCGGGGUAAGGGCAUGGUGCAUGGGGUACUCGAACCCCUGCCCGCUGACCUACCGGGGCCCCAGGACUCCUGGGAAUGGGGAGGCUGCAGCCCUGAUGUGGAGUACGGCGACAAGUUCUCCAGGGACUUCCUGGAUUCGCGGGAAACCUACAAGGAUAUCCACUCGCGCAUGAGGCUCCACAACAACAGGGUAGGCCGGCAGAUGAUCGCAGACAACAUGAAGAGGAAAUGCAAGUGCCAUGGUACAUCUGGGAGCUGCCAGCUGAAAACCUGCUGGCAGGUGACCCCUGACUUCAGGAUGGUGGGUAGCAUGCUGAAGCGCAAGUUCUACAACGCCACCCUGAUCAAAGCCCACAACCGCAACACGGGGCAGCUCGAGCAAAGCCAACCCCAGCCCCAACACCAACAACAACAUCACCACCACCACCAUCCACACCGGAGGAAAUCCAAUGCCGGCGAGCUGGUCUUCUUCGAGGAAUCCCCCAACUUCUGCGAGAGCGAGCCCGGCCUGGACUCAGCGGGCACACGAGGCCGGAUCUGCAACAAGACCAGCCCCGGCCUGGACAACUGUGAGAGCCUGUGCUGUGGCCGGGGUCAUAACAUCCUGCGACAGACCCGCACGGAGAGGUGCAGCUGUAAGUUUCAUUGGUGCUGCUAUGUAGCGUGUGAGGAGUGCCGAGUGACAGAGUGGGUCAGCGUGUGCAAAUAAACCGGCAGCACACGUCGCGGGAGAUACAAACGCAACACACACACACAUAUACACGCACGCACACAGACACACGCACACGCGCACGCACACACACAUACACACACACAACACACAUACACAUACACACACAUACACACAUACACACACACACAUACACACACACAACACACAUACACAUACACACACAUACACACACACACACACACACACACUCGCCCACGCACACACACAACACACAUACACUCACUCUCACACACACACGCACAUACACACACAUAUACACACACAUACACACACACACACAUACACACACACAUACACACACACAUACACACACGCACACGCACACACACACACAUACACACACACAACACACAUACACUCACUCUCUCACACACACACACACACACACACACACACACACACACAUAUAUACACACAUAUACACUCUCUCUCACAAACACAUACACACACACGUACACACACACAACACACACAACAGACUGGGAACGCUUCAACUUGAAUGAGAGGGGACAGUUCAGCCAAAGAAGCUGUUGGAACCUACACUUCUGCACUGCUGCGAAAAUUUGCAACACUUACAGGGACAAACUCCCUUCCUCUAGUGAGGCAGAAUCACAUAUUUUUUCGGAGUUUCCUGGGAAUCUCUCGUUUUUUUCAUUCCGCCUCAGCGCGAAUUGAACGUUUAACAGACUCGGAGGAUGCUCGUGAAAUUCACAGACUCAGGAACUUCCCCAAAAAC